AUGUCGCUGCUGGCGGCUGCUGGCCUCGCCACCAAUCAGCCCCCAGCGUCGCUGGAUCCGGUUGCGGCGCUGGGCCUCCAGCCAAUCACCGUCGGUCUACCCUCACCGCGUCUCCCGUCACAAGCGUUGCUUCUCGCUGGUAUUCUCGGUAUUAUUCUUGGUAUUCUUGAGACCGGAAUCACGCCUAAGAGAGCCCAGAUGCCCAGAAAGGGCCGCCCGCCCCAGUACCGUACUGUAACCGCCUGA